AUGGGAACUGCAGACUGGAGGCUGGCAUCAAUGAGUGGAAGUUUGAUUUGGGUAACAGGUAAAACAAGGUCCUCAUCACAACAGGUACCUCUUUUCUCAGAACUAUCACCCACGCUUAUUGUGGGUUUUAAAGAGCAAGGUGGUUCCCCUGUUGAAUAUAUAAAAUUUUCCUCAGUAGUUUCUGUGGCUCAUGAACAUCCAGCCACCAUCACUUUAUCUCGCAAAAAUUCAUUACAUGUCUCAUUAAUUGCACCAUCUUCUGAGGAGUCGUUUAGGUGGUUUAAAGCUGUAGAACUUGCACUCUCGGGUCGAAGAGGGAAUUCUUCUUUAACUACAGAGUAUCCUUCCUUGAGGGAAAUACAAUCACAACAAGAACAAGAAGAACAACAACAACAACAAGAAGAAGAGGAAGAAGAAGAACCGUUAGCAAAACUUCAGCAACCGCUUUCGACGACAAUAACUCGGACUUUUAGGUUACCAGAAAACACAGCACCAAAUGGAGUGCGUCAUGAUGAUAAUAUUUUACCAAAGUCUCAUAAAACAGUAACACUACCACGUAAUUUAGCGACGGACAAUGUACGUUUUGUAAGAGAAGAAACUAUGGUUCCUCAUGAUAUACAGUCUGAAGAAGAAAAAAUGAGUUUCCGUCUCCCUCCACGGCCACCUAAUUUGAAAGAACAGAAGCAUAAAGAUAAGGACACGGAGAAAUAUGCGAUUGAAGAGAAUAUACCACCUAGUUCUUCCCAGAAAUCUUCUGUAGAACGUGUUUCCUUGUAUAAACCACCAGAACCAAAGUUUAGACUAGUUGAUCCAGACUAUGCUCUUCUCGAGGAUGGAAUACAGGAAGGAAUCCCAUAUUUAGAUAGAGAUAAAAGAGGAUAUGAUAAUAUAAAUUUUUCUUCCUCACAUCCUUCCCAUCAUGGGAGGUCCUCUCUUACACCAAUGGAACAUUCCCCUCGAAGUCUUCAAGAGAUUCCAGAAACACGUCUUCCUUCAGUUUCUACAGGAUCUAAUACAGAUAAUGAUGUUAACGAUAACGAACCCCAGAAUAUGGAAGGAGAAAGAAUGGUACAAGAUAAUCCUACUUCUCUUCCUAAUUCAUUGUCUAGUGCUACUACUGCAACUAAUAACACAAUUGGUGUUAAUACUACCAAUAUAGAUGCAGAUACCGGAUUAUCAAAGCAAUUAGAACCGAACCAGAGUAAAGUAAUGAAUGAGAGAGAGUGGAAUCAUACUUUACCUUCAACUUCUCUUGUUCACCCAAAAGAAUUAGAGGAGAAGGAUGAAGUGAUUAAACAAAUAGAAAGGAGUUUAGCGAAACAAGAAUUAAUUCUUCCUAGUGAGGAAGAUCUAACUGGUCCUUUUCUUUUCUCACAGGAUAAUACAUCUGCUAUAGCAAAGGAUAAACUGGGACACCGUAAUAAUGAUAUAAUAAAUAACGGUGUUAGUAGUCGUAGUAAUGCUAAUAUUAGACCAAAUAUGGUAAAACCUCAAAAAGAAACUCCUCUGAGAACCUCUAUUUUAGCGCCAUCCUCUUUAGAGUUGUUGUUAGAUGAGGAUGACGUUAAAGAUGAUAAUAAACACAUAGUUUCAUCUUCAAGAGAGCCCUCAGCGGAGACAUUUCAAUUUGAUUACCCGGGUUAUUAUGGACAUAAAGUUGAUGAUGUCUCAUGGGAUAAGGAAGAUAAAUCACAGAAACAAGAAAUAUCAAAUAAAGAAGAAAUUGAAAAAAAAUCUUUUGAUCCUGAAAAAGAAAAGUCUUCUUCUUAUGGCCUUUAUCGGCAUUCUUCAGGUAAAUCUGCCACGUCAGUUUUUGGUCCAAAUAAAUCAAACGUAGUUCCUCGGGAAGAACGACUCCAUGACUUUCUCAGGAGUGGAAAAAGCAAGGAUCAGAUUAUACAACAAAGAAUAACGACAGAAUCCAUUAUUGACCGAAUAAUAGAGACACCUUCUCAGCGUGUUCAUAAAGAUAACAUUUUUUCAUCUUCUUCUUCUUCUACUCCUGCUCCCAUAGUUUAUGUACGUGGUAUUGAAAGUUCUUUAUCACGUAAACCAUCGACAGAGCGUGAAGAUAGUUAUUUGUAUCGUCCUAUUGAAGCUGUUGUAGCUGCAAUACCACGACAUAACUCACCUCAUACAAUAAGAACAUUACGGAGAUCGAGAAGUGUAGAUGGUGGAUUUCGACGGAGUUCCGUGAGUCGUUUUUCUUCAAGGGAUAUUACCCCUUUAAGAUUGCCUAGUGUAAGACCUUCUUCUGGGCAUGUCCAUGAUAAGUUACAACGAAAUAAUGGUCUUUAUGACAGACCUAGAUAUAGUGGUGUAGAUAAACGCAACACCGCAAGAAGAUCACCUAUUCGUGAAAAAACAAUGACAGUUAAUCAUGGAAGGGAUUCUCACUCCUUCAUUCAGUAUGCUGCUGUAGAGAUAAAUCAUCACGAUGAUGAACUCGUGCAUCAAAGUGGCUCUCACAGAGUACGAUCACGAAGUCCAUCCAUGGGUACAAGGCGAAAAAAAUCAGAAUAUAGAGAAAAGGAAAGAGAUGAGAGUUAUCAUCAAGACUGGGCUAAAAUUUUGAUGGAACCACGACCUUGUAAAAAACAUGCCAUUCGUAGCUAUGGUGGUACUAAACACUAUGUCUUUCUUACAGGGGAUGGUAUGCACGUUGUUUGUAUUCCCGCUGUAGUUUUUGAGAGACAGAUUCACAUGAACUACAGCAAAAGAAACCAAGGUGUAUUUGUUUCACUGAAAGAGGUGAUGUCUUUCUUUGGUGAAGAUUGCCGUGCGAUGGCGGUUGAACGCAUUGAUCAUGUUUCAUUGGGAACAUCAGAGGCGUUGACGCGUGAAUGGCAUCUGCAACGUUUAGGCCCAGAGAGACUUGUCUGUAUUGUAUCCCCAACACAUGCAUUUGUACUUGAGGCGGCCUCUAACGAAGAAGCAGAAUAUUUAGUUAAGGCAUGGAAUGCCUUCCUUUUAAAUGGGCAAAUUGUGUACUAA